GCACUAUGGCAAUCUGCUCAGUGGUUCUUCACAUAGUUCUGCUCAUCGCCUUGAAUGGUAAGGUAUGUUUAAUUUCUAUAACACACUAACUACCAAUAGCACUGAACUGACUGCACCAUGCAGACUAAUAUUGAAAAGUAUAGUACUAGUUUCAAUGCUUUUACAUACAGCGGUUCAUAUUCUAUUUGGCAGUAAUUAACUAACUGACACACAGUACCAUCAUUUGUUGUAAGCUGUGAAGACACAGUAGCAUUGCAGAGCUAUGGACAAAAGCUAUUGGAAAAGUAUUCUCUACUUUCUGUUCAAAGGCACUGAUGGGCGCAAGGUGCCGAAGGUGGGUAUUGUUGGUGGCAGAGAGGCUGCUCGCAACUCUCGUCCCUACAUGGCUUCCCUACAGUCCCGAGGUCAACACAUUUGUGGAGGAGUACUGGUGAGAGAGGAUUUUGUCCUCACCGCUGCUCACUGUGACGGGUGAGAAUCUCUCUCAAACAUUAACACAUUCAACUCUCUCAGAUUCUCUCAAACUAAUUUCCCUCAAAGUUAUUGCACUAGUCCUUCAAGGUAAUUGUGCAAGUAAAUACUGCCUCCUAAAUUCUUUCAUGUACUGAUUUUCAGGCGAUACAGGGUGGUUCUUGGGGCUCACGAUUUGUCAGAGGAUGAAAAUUCACAACAAGUAUUGGAUGUGGUUCGAUCCAUUCCACAUCCGAUGUACGGGGACAACCUGGAGAAUGACAUCAUGCUUCUCAAGGUGAGUGACAUCAAGGACAUAGUCUACAAUAAUCUCCAUGGUGAUACUAACUUCUCAUUGUAGGUUUAACGUCCAUGAAAAUACAUCAAAUAAACUACAGAAUCAUGCACGACUGAAAUAAAAAAUAAGAAUUAUAGCCUAAAUAUAUUUACAUCAUAUAUAUCUGAAGACAUACAGAUUAUGUAUACAGUGUGUUAUCUCUGUGAUCUUUCCUAGUUGAGAGGGAGGGCUACCCUCAACACAGCAGUACAGUUGAUCCCUCUGAUGAAUGGUUCCAUGGCUGAGGGAAGCAUGUGCACCACGGCCGGCUGGGGGGACAUAGGCGAUAACGGCACCCUACCAGACAAGCUCCAGGAGGUCAACGCCACCAUCGUCCCACCCAGAGAGUGUGCCCGCAGGUGGAGCGACAUCAAAAUCUCCAGCCGCAUGGUGUGCGCAACAGGCCCCAGAGCUUUCCAAGGCUUCUGCUCGGUAUGACUGCACUGUUAUAGGCUAUAACUCUCUACAAUGAGUUUUUCCUGGUCGGGACAGGCUAUUAUUGGCUACAACUUGGCUAUAACCCCCUAGAGUUGAUGUCUGCGCCCUGCAGAAAUCGAAUUAGCAUAAUACAUAAAUCCCCAUCAAAAUCUGUCAAUUUAAACUAGAGAUAUCUGUAUUUUUGCAUGGGCUGCAUCGUAAUCCACCACAUCCGCCAAUGGUGGACUUCCGCAUCUGCGGUGGAAGGUGGCCGAGCUACAGCGGUGUUUGUCAGACCAUGAGACAUCCCGAAAAUCGAUCUUAUCAUGAAAACAUCUGUAGCGUCCGAACGGUUUGGCACACAAGCGUCACAGGACUGGUCUGAAGGUAGCCCGGUACCAGUUAAAAAAAUGAGUGUAAAUGUAAGUAGUAUAAAUAUACGUUUCAGAUAGAUACCAAACAUGGAUAAUAUAGUAUUAUUAUAUCACACUCAAUAGUCAGUCCUCCAGAGAGAUACAUUUUGGCCCCUCAGAUGUUUCAUCAAAUCAUUUAUUUGUAUUUUUUUGUUGAUACCUUAAGGGGUCCUAGAAUUCCAAAUCCGCUAACUAAAUUAUCCUUGGUAUGAGCAUCUUAAAACAAUUCCAUAUGUUAGCUUAGUAGACCUCCCCACACACACUGCUUAGACUCUUAAGCAGUGGAGGCUGCUGAGGGGAGGAUGGCUCAUAAUAAUGGAUGGCACGGCGCGAAUGGAAUGGCAUCAAAUCAUGUGUUUGAUGUAUUUGAUACCAUUCCACCUAUUCCGCUCCAGCCAUUACCACGAGCCUGUGCUCUCCAAUUAAGAUGCCACCAAACUCCUGUGCUCUUAAGGUAACUUGAAUAGAGUUUCUCCUGGUCAAGGCCCUAACUAUGCUAAACUACUCAUAUUUUUUUCUUUGCAGGGUGAUUCAGGAGGUCCGUUGGUGUGUAAAGGGAUGUCAGCGGGCAUUGUCUCUUUCUCAGGGCAGAGGUGUGCCAACCCCAGUACCCCUGAUGUGUACACACGAGUGACUUCCUACCGCCGAUGGAUUCAGACAGAGUUAGCUAGAAACCCUUAAAGGGAAAAUCCACUCAAAUGUUUUAGAAUUGUUUUCAUUAGUCCACUGUUGAUACAGUCCCAAAAUGUUUUGCAUUUCAGCAGUCAAGUUUUCAAGAUAUUGGACUCUCAAGAAGCAAAAUGUCACUGGCCACAUCAUCAUGAUGAUGCACAUUUUUUUAGUGGAUUUUGCCUUUAAGUUUUUGGGCAUGUAAGCCACCAGUGUGUGUUUACACAAUCUCACCAUAUAACUGAUGAUGAUCUCAUUUAGACCAGGGUUGCCCAAAGUUUUUUAUUGAAGUGCUAAAGAUGGCACUUUUUUCUGAUCGCUUGUUCCCUUGUUGCCAUUCUUAUUAAACUUGGUUAA